UGCGAUUGAUUUUUUACUGUUGUUGUUGAUUUUUUGUUUGUUUGUUUUUCAGCAGUGGCAGUUCUCGGCCACCGUAAUUAUACGCCGUAAGCGAGUACUAACGAAUAUUAUAUUCAUCUUCUUGCGUCUCCCCUACUGUGACACACAGCAGACAUUCGCGAUGGAAACACACUGCUGUUCGAUCUACAUGCACCCAUAGAAAUCCACAUUUCUACACCUCGAGUUUGGGCUCAGGUGCGAAACUGUGCACUGACGCCAUGUGAGUAUAUCCUGUGCUGUGAACCUUAACGGUAGAUGUAAUGAGGAGAGAGAGAGGGAGAGAGAGAGAGAGAGAGAGAGAGCUUCAACACUUUCUCCUCUCAUUCAUCACCCGUGCCAGCAGAGUCUCCUCGAGGCUGCGAGGGAAGAUCUUGUGGAUCCGGUCAGGGUACAGGCAGGAGAAGAAGCCCCUCCCUGCAGAUCAUCGUCCUAGUCGAUGGUCCUUUCUUAACUUCAUUGUUGCAGCAGGAGCGACGCCCCGCUUCUCCUCGGCGAAGGGAUCAAACACCCCCUCUGAUCAGCGUAACCCCCGGUUUUAUUCUCAUGGAAAUUGGACCCUGCCUCCCAGCCACACUUUCUGCAGAGAUGCAAAGUUGAAGCGCAUUCCCAGCCGGGACAACACGCGAUAAGGAUGUGUCGGAUGAGCUGAUCGUGUAACAGACUCCUCUGGUUUCUUCUCUCGGACCCUCGCACACUUCUUUCCCCUCUUCCCAACAUGCUGGAUUUGACGAAGCACGUUGUUUUGUGCGCUGCGCUGCUCGGCUCCGUGUACGCGUCCUGCCCUCCACGCUGCGAGUGCUCAGAGGCAGCCCACACCGUGAAGUGCGUCUCCAGAGACCUGCGGACUAUCCCGGCAGGGAUUCCUGGAUACACCAAGAAUCUGUUUAUCACUGGGAAUCAGAUAAGUCGAAUUGGUCCUGAGUCUUUUAGGGGGCUGGAUAAUGUGACCAACCUCUCCCUGAGCAAUAACAGGUAAGACCCUCCUGCUGAAUCCGGUUCCAGAUUUCUUCUGCUUUUUAUUCAUUUUGGAUAAAAGUAAAAAAUCAGAUUCUUAGUCAUGAGCUUACCCACUUUAAACUGGACCAGGAUUGAAUUAUGCAUGACUUAUCUUGGUCAACUUUGUGUUAUCAGGUUAAAAAUUUUAAGAAAUUUUAAUCCCAAGAAAACUCAUACUCAUGUUUUUCAAAAUCCCCUGUUUUCUUUUUGUAUUUUUUGCACUUGCAUGUAUUUUGAAAGUAUGAAUUACAUCUCAUGGAUGUCCUCUGUUCCAGAAUUUCCGAGGUGGAAUCGCACACCUUUGCUGGACUCCGCAACCUCCGCUCCCUGGAUUUGAGCAACAACCAGCUGGCAGUCAUCCACCCAGAAGCCUUCACUGUGCGGAGUCAGUCUCUACGGGAGCUCAACCUAAGCCGAGCUCUCUAUAACCAUUCCUCAGUGAUGGACUUGGCCACCUCCCUUCGUUGGAGCUCCCUUGGGAACCUGAAGGGUCUGGAUUUGUCCCACAACAGCCUCAUCCUCUUACCACCGCGGGUUUUCUCCCACCUGAGCAGCCUGCAGCGCCUCCAGCUCUCCAACAACUCACUAGUGGCCAUCCACAACUCUACUUUUUCAGGUUUGGAGCAUCUUGAGGAGCUGGAUCUGUCCUUAAAUGCCCUCAAGACGGUUCCCGAGGAGGGGCUACGAGAGCUGGACUCCAUGCCAGCAGCAAUUGUCCUGCUGGGAGAGAACCCGUUCAUGUGCAAAUGUGGAAUCGAACCUUUUGCUCUGUGGCUGAACAAAUCACAGGAGCGCAUCAGAGAUGUUGAGGAGCUUGUGUGCGCCUUCCCAGUGAGCAUGAGGAAUACAUCCCUGCUCUCUGUGGGUACGCUGACUCUAGGAUGCCACCAAAGGAAUGCAGGCGCUGACCUUGCUCUGCAGACCUCUUAUGUCUUCUUGGGUAUUGUACUCGGCUUUGUGGGCCUCAUCUUCCUCUUUGUACUUUAUCUUAACCGUAAAGGCAUCAAGAAACGAAUAUAUGACAUGCGUGAUGCCUGCAGAGAGGUUUGGGAAGGAUACCAUUACCGUUUCGAGAUCGACUCCGGCCCAAGAUUAUCACAAGUCUCCACCAAUGCUGACAUGUGAGGGUACAAUCACACCUGGUGUUUUUUUUAAAAAAAGACUCUUUUAUAAUUCAUUUUAAUCACAAAAUGUAAAAAUUGUACAGGUUUAUCUGUAAAUAUACUCCUACGAUAGAAUUAAUAUUCUUUCUGCCUCGUCGAUUCAAGCAUGCACUGCCCAUCCAUCUUCUUCAUUAUGUGACUAAAACGCUCUUUUAAUACAGAAACAUCUACGUGAGUUUUCCAAAGAGGGUUCAUUGAUUGAUACUUCUUCAAUGUAGUCCACAAAAAAAGCUACAGCAAGUGCCUAAAGUCAACAAGGUAUUAUUUCAUUAUCAAUAGUGUGAAAUAAACUCUCUUCAUGGCACAUUUUCAUUCAUUGUUCUUUGUCGGGUCUCCAUAUAGAGGUUGUAAAAAAAGGCAACAAAAUGCUGCAAUAAACCCCCUGACACUACAAAACAAACCUCUGGGAAUUGAAAGCACAAUAAGUCAUUCAUCUUUGAACCAUUUCAAGCCCUUUGGUUCCCCCGUCCUUUAGCCCCCAGGGUGCCAGAAAGGAAUUAAGGCCCCCAAAGCUUUUUCCAAAGCUCUCCUAAAGUCACCGCUCUUCUCCUCCUCCCCCUUUUUUUUUUAGCUUUUUGGAUUUUAAGAGUGGGGGGACAAUUCGGUACAGACCAGCGGAACUCUCUUAACCCCCUCAUUUUUUCUUUUUUUUUUUUUCUUUGUUUCAACUCCUUGAGUUUUAUUGUCAAAAUGAUGAGAACCAGUCCCAGGCUGAGGCCGCUGAAAGCAAUCCCCUCCUCCCCUCCUUAAAGACAACAGCCACUCUGGAGGCUCUUUGAAGGAGAAGUCUGGCUCUCCACGUUUUUCUGUUUAGGGGGAUUUUUUUUUUCCAGUGAUAAGAUACAGAUGAUUCUGAAACACCAGCGACAUUGUUUCAUUCAGCAGCUUUUGCUCGGGCCAGUCAAGGGGGGAAAGAGAGGGAGGAAUAUCUGCUUUACUUUUGAGUGUGGUUUUUCACCUUUAAUGCUAAGGUUAUGGUGAGAAACAUACAUUUUUUCCCCUUGGAAUUGCAGUGAAACCUCAGCUGCACCCAAAGCCUUACGUUUCAUGCAUGUCUAGACAGAAGCGCAUUUAAACCUGCAUGAAUGACAAUAAGACAUGAUAGUUUAUUCUGAAAUGUCAUGUUUUGUCCCAGUUUUUCCUUAAGUGCUGCAUGGCAUUUCUUUGAUCAUACUCUGAGGCCUUUUUUUAAAGCAACAAAGCUACAAAGUGAGUCAAACACAGACGGGGUAAUUGGGGGUGGGGGUGGAAGGAUAUCAGGCUGCCAUUCCUUUAAGUGUUUAUUGCCAUAAAUCUAAAAGUAGGACGUGUUUCCAAAUCUGGAGACUGCAGAUUCAGGACCACAUUAUUGGACUAAAAUUCUAAGACCCUUGUUUGUUUGUGACAGCACAACCAAGUAUUAUCAGAGCAUAACACAGCCAUGUAUACCAUUCAUUUUGAUGUGUAUUACAACCACUUUAAGUGUGAAAUAAUUACCAUUUUUGUGUCCACCAUAGCCAAAUUUAGGGAUCAUCACUGCAGUGUCUCGUGCAACUAUUUAAGUGUGCUACAUUAUGUUUUUAGUGUAUAAUGUGUAGAUUUUAAGUGUCCAAUUCAAGCAGUUUUAGUGUUUAUCUGCAGACCUUACUAUAAUUCUCACAACAACACAAGGGUCCUGGAAAUGCGGUCCCAGAACUGCACUCCUGAAACUGCACCCUCUGAUUCUGUAAUCACAUGCUCUUGAAAUUGAGAGCUCUGUGUAAUUGGGAUGAGGGAUGAAGCUCGCCCGGAGUGAACGAACACAGCUUCCAAUUGUUUCAAGCAUCUUCAGUCAUGUCAAGAUGUUCUCCAAACUCAUCUGUUUGCGGCCAAGAAAUGUUGAAAGCAUGGAGCCUUUUAAACUGCAUGUGUAGAGACAAAAUAAAGCUUUAUAAGUCCGUA